AUGGAUUAUUCGAAUAGGGUAAACUCCAAAAAGGGAGCAGGAGGGAUAGCAACUAGUGAGGAGACAAAUGUACAUACAAAGAAAAGAGUACAAGAAUUAUUAGCAACUCAUAUUUUGGAUUUAGAUAAUGAUCCAUAUGUAUUUAGAAAUCAUUUAGGUAUAUUAGAAUGUAAAUUAUGUUUAACAACUCAUAAUAAUGAAGCAUCAUAUAUUUCACAUUUAGGUGGUAGAAAACAUCAUUUAAAUUUAGAAAGAAGAAGAAUAUUGGAUGAAAAACAAAAUUCACAACUUAAAUUUCAACAAAAAAUUCAAGAUCAAGUUAGUAUUAGUAAUAUUGAAAAACGAUCAUGGAAUAAAAUUGGUAAACCUACGGAAUUUAAAGUUAUAAAGAUAAGAGAUUCAAAUACUUUACAAAUUGGUUUAUUAAUCAAUUGUAAAUUUCCCAAAAUAGCAGUAGAUGAACCAUUAUUUAGAAUAAUGUCAUUUUAUGAAUUAACUUCAAAAAAUCAAAACAUUUGUAUAAAAGAGAUUGAAAAACUAAGGAAAGCAGAAAAUGAAGAAGAUGAAGAAAACGAAGAUGUGGGCGACGAUGAAGAAUAUGAACCAACAAAAUUUCAAUACUUAAUAAUUUCAGCAGAACCAUAUGACAAUUCGCUUAUCAUAAUACCCAAUAAGAAUGAGAUCGAUAAACCACAAGAAGAAAAUAAAAUGAGUAAUUCAUAUUGGUGGUAUUGGGAUAAAGAUACUAAAGAAUUCUACCUACAAUUUUUGUACAAAAAUUAA